UCCUUAUUUUCGUGUGUAUUUCGAUUGAAAUAAAUCCAAAACAGACGGCCGCCCAUUUUUGGCUCACAGUGUGCUGGUUUGUUUCGAACAGUUUUUCUGCCUGGCCUCCAUUGUUUUGUAUUGUAUUCGGUUACGUGAUCUGGCCGAAGAAGCUUACUUGGCCAACUAAAUUGGUGCAAUGUUUAUUUUGUUCCAAGUUGUCAAUGUACGUCUUGAAUUGAGCAAUGUUCAGAGAAGAGAACGUUACUAUGCCAAAUAACCAAGUGGAUCAGGGGGGAAAUCGAAGUGGAUUCUUAUGGGAGCUAAGGAUCUGUGGCGUCAUGAUCUUCCCUUGGUGGGUAAUCUCUAUUGCUCUAAACUUUGUAAGCAUUUAUAAUUAUUAUUUUGAACUGAAAAAAUUCAAGAAAUGUUGGAAAUGUUUAUACAACACCUAUAUGAAGAUCGGGAUCGCCACUUCGGUUUUUACUAUGCCAAUUCUCUGUUUGGCCCUGCUCUUUGUGUGUUUACAGAAACCUCGAGUAAUUCGCAUUUACGUUCCCUGUCUUGCUUUCGCCACGCUGAUGGAGUUCAUGAUGGCUGUGGUGUUUACCUACGAAUACCCAGGCAUCAGUGAUGUACUGCGAGUGUGGGAUAAUCAAAGGAGUAUGGAAUUCUUCGAAGUAAAUUAUAAAUGUUGUGGAGUUUUGGGACCCGAUGACUACCUUGCGGCUUCAAUGGGUCUUCCGAAUACCUGCUUCAAGAAUCGCAGUGGUCUGCCUAAGGAUAUUUACACCACUGGCUGCUCAACACGAUUUUUAAUUUCUGAAAAAAUCCCCUACAGCGAGCUUGCCUCCGGAAUAGUUAGGUUAGUAUUGAUCCUGGCUUUAAUUGUAUAUUAUAUUAUCCUAAGAUGGAGGUCACUUCCACGCUGAGUUUAUGGGGUCAACAAGUUCCAGGAAAGAAUAAAAUUGUCAUUCUGGUAAAACU